AUGAGCGCGCAAGCGGUAGAAGCCUUUGAUAGCGUAGAGCAGGCGCUAGCAGCAGUGGAGGAGCAUUUAGUUGUGCUCAAUCAAACCUCUUUGGAAGGAUUUGUGGCAUUUCUUAGCCCUUUGGAGUGCGCAAAGCUGCAGGUUUCACUGGCCUACAGUAUCAACGCGUUGCUUUUUGUGUUUAUGAAGACCCAGGGAAUAUCUUCUAAGGAUAUUCGGCAGACACACGUGAAACAGGAGUUGGAGCGUGUGAAGGCGUUUAUCAAGAAGAUCAAGGGCGCAGAAGAGCUAUCCAAGGGACCUAAGUUGGUUCUAGAUAAGGACGCUUCCAAGCGUUUCAUCCAAAGUGCGCUAAGCACCGACCAAGUGUACAUUGACGCAGUGAAGACCAGGAAGGGAGAUCAAGAUAGCACAGAAGCACAGUCACCGAUGGGAGAUCAAUUAAAAAAAAGGGCAACUGCCAAGCCCUGUAGCAAAAAGAGCAAGCGCCAGCGGAAACGUUAA